AUGGGUAACGCCACCUACUGCAAUUCUUCUUUACAAAUUCUGCCAGAUGUUUCCGAGCAAAUUCAGGAAGAACAGGGGCGCCAGAACGAGCUCUUCACCAAGGAUGCGCCAGCUCCUACAAACUCUUCUGAUGCCUUUGAUGUUUCCAGACAGAUUGGUGUCCAGCAAAGUUUCGGCAUAUUUGAUCCGCUGCGCUUCACCACAGGGGAGGUGUGGAAACCGCUUCGAAGAAUUGUGCCACGCAUUGGCUUCUCUCAGGAUCGUGGGAGAGUUGGACUUGGAUUUGGCGUCAACACCGAGUUUGAGCCAAGUAGCCUGGAGAUUAGUGAAGAUGAGCGAUGGUUUCGUCGCCUUCGAGAGGCAGAGCUCAAGCAUGGUAGGAUUGCAAUGCUAGCAGCCUCUGGCUUUUUUGCCGCUCACGUCGUUCGAGUUCCUGGCUUCGAAGAUGCGGCGGAAGGUAUUUCAGCCGGCUUAGCCAAUGAAUCAUGGCAGCGCAUCUCGCUUCUCAUCUUCAUCUUCUGCGGGCAGUUUGAGAGGAAUCAGUUCAGGCAAGAGGCCGGCAGGGAAAUCGGGGACUUUGGCGAUCCCUUGAAGCUGGGCCAGUACACUCCUGAAGUGCGCCUGGGUGAACUGGUGAACGGGCGUUUGGCCAUGCUUUCAUGUGCCAUCAUCGCCGGCCUGGAGUUCUCCAAUGGAGUCCCUGCUACGCAGGUAUGGUUCCCCUUGUAG